AACUCACAAGAUCCCCGUGAGAAAGACGUAUUCGAUUGUAUGGUACACAAUCUGUUUGAUGAACAUCGAUUUUUCCCAAAAUAUCCUCCGAGAGAAUUGUCUAUUACAAGUGUUAUCUUCGGCUCGCUGAUACAGUAUCAACUUGUCGGUUAUCUGACACUUGGUAUCGCUCUCCGAUACGUUCUUACUGCAUUGCGUAAUCCAUCAGAUCAGAAAAUGUUAAAUUUUGGUAUCCAGGCGCUUUUGCAAUUCCAGACGCGUCUUCCGGAAUGGCCACAAUAUUGCACACAGCUUUUGCAAAUUCCACAUCUUCAUCAGAGUCAUCCAGAGAUUAUGCAGUAUGUUGCAACUGCUCUUGCUGAGAAUAACAGUGGCAGCGGUGAGUCCAUGAUCGUUGCGGCUGCAGUUGGUGAUCCUCCUACAUCCCCCGCUGUUACUGCUACCCCUUCAGCCGAAAGUACUUCCAGUCGAGUUGCAGCAGAGACUUCCAAUAGAGCUGCAGACUCCAGACCAGUGUUUACCGCUUUGAAUUUGGACACGCUUUUAGCUGCCGAACAAGUUGGAUCAUAUUUUGUUUCAAAAGUUGGAUCGAAUUCUGUUGAAAAA